AUGGCUCUCUCUUCACUUCUUCCAUCAUCCGAGGCUGUAGAGAAGAACAUCCCACCUCGAGCAUCCUGCAAAAACAAAAACAAAGCCUCCGCUCACCCUCCCCCUCUCAUUCUCGACCCAAUCUCAGAAUAUCGCGCCUUGGAAGCCCUCUCCAUCUACUUCACCGUCCUCCUUAACCGCCAGCUCCGCCGCCGCUGGCUACUUGAACAUACCUGCAUGCAAGACAAGCCCGUCACCGCCCGCUUCCGCCCCGUCAUCCUCCUCGAGCCCGUGCCCUCGCUCCACAAACCACGCCCCGCCCCGCCCACCAUCAACCACCCAAGCAACCCACACAGCGCCGCCAACCUGGCCGCCCUCAAACAGAAAGUCACCUUACUCCGCGCCCGUGUCGAGAAAGGCAAGGAACUGGUCGCCGAGAUCGAGCGCCGGCGGACAGACCCGCGUGUGCUGUUCCCGACACACUUCUGCCACACGUGUGUUGCAGACGGGGGUUCGGUCGACGUGCUCCUGACAACGUGUGGGCACCGCGUGUGCCGAACGUGUCUGAGCUUCGGGGCCGGCAAGGAUGGUGAAUAUGAGUGCAGCAUCUGCUUUGCGCCGACGCAUUUCGUGGCGCGGUCGCCGUUGUCGCCGCAGCGGACUUGCUCGGGGAAUGUCUUGCGGGUGGUGGGUGAAUCGAUGAAGACGAUGGUAUGA